AUGUAUGCAGCAAGAUUUUUUAUAUUCGUCCCCGCAUUCGUUAUUGCCUUUGUGGAGGCCCUACCAAUUCAUAACCACUGGCGACACCACCGUGCACCGUCAGCCUGUUCAUCGACAGGAAUUUCUUCCAGGCCUGCUGCCUCUCUGACUGCCACUGCGGUGUUGUUGAACAAUGCCAUCGAAUCCAGCACCGAAUUUUCUAGUAGCUCAGCAGCCACCUCUUCCUCUUCCUCGGCCCCUUCAUCAACUGCUUCGUCUUCCUCCAAGUCCAAUGGCUCUCUAUCAUCCCUUUUCCCUGUGUCCUCAAUCAUUGACUCUUGGACGACCUUCACGUUGAGUAACGACGCCCUUCCUUUGUCGGACAGCACUCUGCAGCCGCACAACGAGAUCACCGCCCUCCCGCACGACUAUGUGUCUGCUCCCGAUGGUGUGGAGUCAAUGAAGGCCUUCUACCCCCAGGGAUCCUACACGUUCAAACAUAAUCCUCAAGGCGGCUUCUCCUUUUACGCUCCAGGACCGGACAGUCUCGAUUUGACCACUGCAAAAGAGGCCACGUUCGGGUACUCUGUUUUCUUUGAGGACGGGUUCGAAUUCAAUAAGGGUGGGAAGCUCCUUGGGUUAUAUGGAGGCAAUGAUGAGGAUACUGCUCAGAGCUGUUCCGGUGGCCGCCGUUCAGACGAGUGUUUUUCUACUCGCUUGAUGUUCCGUACGGACGGUGCUGGGGAGAUCUAUACAUACCUUCCCCCCAGCUUUGACGUCAAUAGCAACUUUUGCAAUGAUGAAGGAUCGGAGUGUAAUCCGACCUAUGGGGCUUCCAUCGACCGUGGUGCUUUCUCUUUCAAAACAGGAGAGAGGACGACGGUGAGCCAGCGCGUACGCCUUAAUGACGUCGGCCAGGAGAAUGGAGAGUUAGAGCUCUUUGUCGGCGGCAAGAGCGUCAUUAGCGCUAGCGGCCUCGUUCUCAGGAAUAGCGAAGAAGGGAAGAUCAGGGGUAUGAUGUUCCAGACGUUCUUUGGUGGAUCCACCUCAGAUUGGGCAUCUCCUCAAGAUCAAAGCGCAUACUUUUCAGACUUCUCGGUUGCCAUUACCGAGAGCCUUUAA